ACCCUACCCUCCGACACUGUUUUCGAGCAACGGAUUAAUUUGUUGAAGGUUCGUCGCGUUGUGGGCGUGCUUUGGCUUUUCUGUGGCGUGGACGACGUUGGUACCGUGCUUAGAUUUUUCUUCGUUUCUCAGUAAAGAACAGCCAUGCGGUUUAAAUUCUGCGGAGAUCGGGACUGCCCCGACUGGCUGCUCGCCGAAAUCGCCUCCCUCUCCAAGAUAAGCUCCGUCAAAACCAAGCUCCUGUGCGUCCAAGCGGUGAACGCUCUUCUCACCUCCACCGUCGACUUCGAGAAGGCGUCCAAACUCACGGCGGACUCGAAAUUCACGCCGGACGACCUCAAGGGCGUCCUUGUGGCGCUCGAGUUCAUCCUCAAGAACGCCACCAAGUUCGCCGUCGACGAAGAAACGCUCGUGAACGAACUUCAGCAGUUGGGACUGCCCCGCGAGCACGCCGUGUCUCUGUCCAAGGUUUACGCCGACAAGUCGGCGGACAUUUUGACUGUGCUGAAAAAGCAAAGCCUGCGACUGUCGUCGCUGGAAGGUAAUCCGCAGUGGAGGGUCGACUACGUGCUCGAGUCCAGCGUCGCCGGGGAGGUUGCCCAACCGUCGGUGCAAAUGAAGCUACUCGUCAGGGACUCUGAUCGCGACCCCAAGCCCAUGCACUUCAGCAUGACUGCCGAGACUUGCAGCGUUCUCUUGCACGAGCUAAAGCAGGCCUACAACGUGAUGAAGAGCUUGGAAGGACCGAGCUAAGGUGCCGACGAGACGGCUUCUCGGGGCCUUUGCACUGUGCUGUUGACUGAUGCAGUUGGAACGGCCAAAUAAACUGCAGUGCGAGACCACCGUUUCAGAAGCAAAAUGUAACGCGUUUGUUAGUCUUGGUGCGUUUCUUUUUUUUUUUUUCCCCGUGAUUUACGCGUAAUAGGCAAGACGGGUUCUCUCAUCUUCAUCAUGCACAAGUAAACCGCAUAAUUUUGUGUGUAGUGGU